GUGCCGGAGGGAGGGUGCGUGCCGCACGCGCCGUGGACAGCCGCAGUCUCGCGUCUCGCCGGCCACGAAAGUAGCGCCGACAGGUGCCGUGUUUUGGGACGUUUGGUGCCCCAGUCCGACGCUCGCCAGAGCUGAGGGACGUUACGGACUUUUCCUUGUUGCGGAGGGAUAUGUGAGGCCAAACCGCCAGGAGCGACUUCAGACGAUGCCCCGUCAAGCGGGCCCGAUGGGCUGGGUUGCCGCGGUCGUGUGCCUGACGCUGCUUCAUCCGUCACUGUGUGCAGAGAUGGGCAAGUUCCGGUCUGCCUACGCCUGCGAGAACUCCAACCUGACCUUCAGCUGUGAGCAGGGCGAGGUCAUCCGUCUGGUGCGUGCCAACUUCGGCCGCUACUCCAUCACCAUCUGCAACGAGCACGGCGCCACGGAGUGGAGCGUCAACUGCGCCAGCCACCGCUCCGUCAGCGUGCUGCACGAGAGAUGCGGUCAGAAGCAGACCUGCAGCGUGCCCACCUCCAUCUCGGUGUUCGGCGACCCGUGCCCGAACACGCACAAGUAUUUGGAGGCCCACUACCAGUGUGUGCCAGACACCAUCCAGCGGACCACCAAUAAAGCGCCGCCGGCCUGGCUGACGACCACCACGCCGCCGCCGCCGCCGCCCAUCCUCACCGAGACGCCGUUCAAGCCGCCGCCGCCGGCUUUCACUACGACGACCACGACGACCACGACCACGACCACGACGACCAGGGCGACCACCACCACGGCGAGCACCACCACCACCUCCACGAGCACGACCACGACGCCGGCAUGGACGGCGGCCCCCCCGGUCGUGCCCGGCCGUGACCUGGUGGAGACACAUGACAUCGUCAACGUCGACGGCCGCGAGGAGGAGAUCACCCAUGAGCGUACCGAGCUGCACCUACCGGCCGCCGGCCGCGGUCGGCCCGGCGCCGACGAGUGGGCGCCUUAUGGCGGGGCCGGCGGUGGCGCGCCGGGCCGCACGAGCGGCGACGCCCGGCCCGACGCGAGGGACGGCGCGCGCCCGCCGGCCGCUGAGCCCCGCCCGGAGGCCGACGCGUGCCCGCCGGAGCGGCGGCGCGACCUCGUCUGGAACUGGACGCGCGUCGGCGAGGCCGAGGUGCUGCAGUGCCCGGGAGGCGUGCAGGGCACCGCGCGCUGGGGCUGCGUGCUGGGCCCGGCGGGGCCGCGGCGCGAGCCGCAGAUGCCCGACCUCAGCGACUGUCGGUCGCUUUGGCUGACCAGCCUGGAGACCCAGCUCAAGGAGCACUCGAACGCGCUCACCAUCUCGAGCAGUCUGGCCGAGGUGACCGACUCGUCGCCGCUGUUCGGCGGCGAUCUGGAGGCGGCCGUGCGCCUCAUCAACCGGCUGCCGCUGCAGCUGGGCGGCGGCGAGCGCUACCCGCUGGACCGCAAUCGGCGCGAGGCCAGCGUGGCGGCACUGACCAAGACCGUCGUGCGGACGGCCAGCAACCUGCUGUCGGAACGGAAGCGGCCGAUGUGGGACGACCUGGGCAGCGCGCGCACGCAGCCCGUCAUGACCUCGUUCAUGCUCGGCUUGGAGGAGAACGCCUUCUUGCUGGCGGACAGCCUGGCCGAAGAGAAGUCGGUGGUGCAGUACAGCGACAACGUGCUGCUGUCGGUGCGCCUGCUCAGCGCCUGGAGUACCGGCGCCAUCGAGUUCCCAUCGGCCGAGGAACGCGCCAAGCUAACCCAGGUCAAGGACUUUGUGCGCAUCCCCGGCGAGUCGCUGCAGGCGAACGCGGACGGCGGUCGCGCCGCGGUCGUCUUCAUGUCCUACGAGGGCAUGGACAAGAUCCUGAAGCCGCCGCCGCCUGAGCCCAACUCCCCCAGCCGGCCGGUGGUCAACUCGCGCGUCAUUUCGGCCUCGCUCGGCAAGGGCCGCCACGUGCAGCUGCCGUAUCCGGCGCUGCUCGUGCUGCGACACCUGCACACGGAGAACGUCAGCAACCCGCGCUGCGUCUUCUGGGACUACACGCUCAACUACUGGUCCGAGCUGGGCUGCCGGAGGCUGGCCACCAACAUGUCACACACAACAUGCGAGUGCGACCACCUGACCAAUUUCGCCGUGCUCAUGGACAUGCACGCCACGCCGCUGCCCGAGACCGACCGCGUGGCCCUCGAGAUCAUCACCUACGUCGGCUGCGGCAUCUCCAUCGUCUGCCUCCUGCUGGCCAUCAUCACGUUCCAAUUCUUCCGCGGCCUAAAAUCGGAUCGCAACUCGAUCCACAAGAACCUGUGUAUCUGCCUGCUGAUCGGGGAGGUUGUGUUCCUAGCCGGCAUCGGCCAGACGCACCUGCGCAUCGUUUGCGGCGUGGUGGCCGGCCUGCUCCACUACUUCUUUCUCUGCGCCUUCGCCUGGAUGUUCUUCGAAGGCUUCCAGCUGUACGUCAUGCUGAUCGAGGUGUUCGAGGCGGAGAAGUCCCGCAUCCGCUGGUACUACGUGGCGGCGUACGGCCUGCCGGCGCUGGUGGUGGCCGUCUCUUGCAUCAUUGACCCGACCAACUACGGCACGCCGGAGUACUGCUGGCUCCGCUCCGACAACUACUUCGUCUUGGCCUUCGUCGGCCCUGUGGUGCUGGUGAUCCUGGCCAACCUCGUGUUCCUGGCCAUGGCUGUGUCGAAGAUGUGCCGCCACUCGGUGGCCACGGUCACCAUGAAGUCCAAGGAGCAGUCGCGCCUGUCUUCGGCCAGUGACGAGGAGGAGAGCGUUUUCGCUAUGAAAAUGAAGGCCCAUAUUGCGUGGAUCCGAGGUGCGGUGGCGCUCGUGUUUCUGCUGGGGCUCACCUGGUCCCUGGGACUGCUCUACAUCAACCAGCGCACCGUCCAGGCUGCCUACGCCUUCACCGUGCUCAACAGUCUGCAGGGACUCUUCAUCUUCUUCUUCCAUUGCGUUCAGAACGAGAAGACCCGCAGCGAGUACCGCCGCUUCUUCAGCCAGUGUAGCUGGCUGCCAGCCUGCCUGCGCCCGUCGACCAAGGCCAAGGACACGUCCAGCUACUACUCCAGCAACACGCACUCGAACACGCAGACCACGCAGGCCGCCGGCUCGCCGACCACCUACCUGGCGAAUAUGUGGACACAGCCGGAAGAGGACCCCAACAAACUGCGGGCGCCGACUACCGAAUCUCGAAUCGGUCAGAGCUCCCUGAGGACCCCUUCUCACCGCAAUCUUACACGUGACAGAAAGUCGUCCAGCCUGCGCUCACAGGGCCGCGACAGUGGUAACGGCGGCUCGGCGCCCGACUCGCCGCCGCGUCUCAACAACUACCCGCUGCACGAACUGAACGGCUCGCUGGUGCCCAACCCGGACUUCUUCGCGGCGUACAGCCAGCAGCGCUGGCGGCCGCCGGGCGCGCCGCACCAGUACGUCGAGGUGGGCGAGCCCGUCUACGAGGAGAUCGACCGCGAGCCGACCUCGCACGGCGACCUCAGCGACGAGGAGCUGCGCCGCCAGAGCGACAUCUCGCGGCAGAGCUCUCGCAGCUACGGCGACUCGCGGCCACUCAUCCCCUACUACCCGGAGCGGCCUCUGCUCGAGCAGCCGGAGCGCUGCCCGGCGGCCGAGGCGGCGGCGCUGGCGACGGCGGCGCCGGCCGCCUACGGCGCCGAGCCGACGGCCGGCCGGCGGCGGCCCGUGUCCGCGCUGUGCGAGUCCAACCUCAGACACUUCAACCAGAGACAGGUGAUGAGCGACCUGCAGCAGCUGCAGCAGUUGCAGCAGCUGUCGGCGGCCGAGCGGCAGCUGGCCGGGCUGGGUGGCGCCGGGCGGCUGGCGGCCGCGCCGCCGCCCGGGUCGGCGCGGCCCCCGCCCUGCCACGGGCCGAGGACAGAUGUGGCCGUUCGGCCGCCGGCGCACAACGUGUAGCGCCGCCCAGUGUGACCGGCGCGUGCGGACAGGGCAGGGCAAGCGUGAUGAGCGCGCGCGCAGCGGUGUCCUCGCCGCGUGCAGCGACGCCCGCUUCUAGGCCUCGUGUGAUACCUGCCUGGCGCUGGCGGCAACGCCAACUGCAUUCGCUUCGUCUCUAACCCGCCUAGUUGCCCCCCCCCCCCCCCCCCCCGGUCCGGAGAAAUGUGCCCGACGUUAUCACCCCAACCCUGCCAAUGCUGGCUUGAGGCGCCGCGAAGGCGGGCGGCGACCGCGGCUUUUUUGGUGUUCAUGUUCACUCCGCACAUUUAGUCUAGCUCCCAGUUGUUGCUAGUGCGUGUACAUUAAUCGUCAUCUGUGAUAUUAUUAUAUUAAGCUGUCAUAAUUGAAACGAGAAUAUUAAUAAGAAUGACUGUUUGAA